AGGGGGGAAGGGGGGGGCAAAGGGUGGCUAAUUCGCUUUAAUUAACAGGAGAGGGGGGGAGCAGAAGAGUGUGUGUUGGGUGGGGGGUGCGCAUAGGAGCAGGAGCAGGUGAGGGGCUAGUGGCGCGGCGCGUGGAGAAAAGGGGGAGGGUUCGCCUCCCUUCUCAUCUGCAAAGGGGCGGCUGCUUCAACCCCACACCCCACACCCAAUCCCGUUGCCCCUUAACUCUCCUGCCUUCUAGUCUUCGCCAAGUUGUUUAUUCGCCUCGCUUUUGGCUGGAGCCAUGGAAGUUGGCGGUUAGAGAAGUCCCCAGCGCCACCACUCGAUAAGUAUUAAGACAAUGGAGUCCAAAGAAUCACUAAAGUCCACAGGGGAGGAAGCGGGGAAAUGUGUUCAUUUCCGUGACAAAGGAGGACUUGUGAUGGACUUUUCUCCAGCCUUUAGGGGUGGAGCUCCUGUCAAGUCUCCAGCAUCUACAGCUACCCUGCCUGCCUCUUCUCAGUCCGACUCCAAACAGCAACCUGUUCUGUGUGAUUUGUCAAAGGGAUUAGGAAGCAAUGCACCACAGCCAGAUCUCUCCAAAGCAGUGUCGCUGUCAAUGGGAAUAUAUAUGGGUGAGACAGAUACAAAAGUGAUGGGAAACGAACUUGGAUUUCCACAGCACGGCCAAAUCAGUCUCUCUUCUGGAGAAACAGAUUUCAGGCUCCUUGAAGAAAGCAUUGCAAGCUUGAAUAAGUCCUCUAGCCUGGCAGAAGGCUCGAAGGGUACGGCAUCUCUGGACGUGCUCCCGGAGCCAGGGUUCCCAAGCAUGGCUGGUCAUGAUCGCACUUUAGAGCAAGGAGCUUUAGUGCAAGGCCAAGCUGGCAGUAAUGGUGGCAACUUGAAGCUCUUUUCUGAAGACCAAAGCACCUUUGAUAUUCUGCAGGAUUUUGAUUUGCCACCAGUAUCUCCCGGAAAAGAAACAAAUGGGAGUCCCUGGAGAAUGGACCCUUUGCUGGAUGAAGGUAGCUUGCUUUCGCCUCUGGGUGCAGAUGAGGGUUUUCUCCUGGAAGAAAAGGAUAUUGAGGACUGCAAGCCUCCUGUUUUACCAGACACUAAGCCUGCAAUCAAUGAGCGUGGGGAUAUUUUGCCCACCCACACAGUGCAGAUGCCACAAGUGAAGACUGAAAAAGAAGAUUUUAUUGAACUGUGCACCCCUGGGGUUAUAAAGCAGGAGAAAAUUGGCCCAGUUUAUUGCCAGGCUAGUUUCUCUGGUUCUAACGUGCUUGGAAAUAAAACAUCUGCCAUUUCUGUUCAUGGUGUCAGCACUUCUGGAGGACAAAUGUACCACUAUGACUUGAAUACAGCAUCCGUCUCUCAACAGCAGGAUCAGAAACCAGUUUUUAAUGCCAUUCCAUCUCAUCCUGCUAGUUCAGAAAAUUGGAAUAGGUGCCAAGGAUCUGGGGAUGAUGCUCUUACUGCAGUAGGAGCUUUGAAUUUUUCUGGAAGAUCUGCCUUCUCUAAUGGAUAUUCAAGUCCUGGAAUGAGAUCUGAUGUGAGCACUUCGCCAUCUACCUCCUCAACUGCUACGGGACCACCUCCCAAACUUUGCCUUGUUUGCUCAGAUGAGGCUUCUGGAUGUCAUUAUGGUGUCCUAACUUGUGGCAGCUGCAAAGUAUUCUUCAAAAGAGCUGUGGAAGGGCAGCACAAUUAUCUCUGUGCUGGAAGAAAUGACUGUAUUAUUGACAAAAUUCGGAGGAAGAACUGCCCAGCUUGCCGCUACCGGAAAUGUCUUCAAGCUGGCAUGAACCUAGAAGCUCGAAAGACUAAGAAGAAGAUAAAAGGAAUUCAGCAGUCCAGCAUUACUGCAGGGAGGGAUAGUGCUGAGAGUCCUGUAAACAAAGCUAUAGUUCCUGUCUCUCUACCACAACUUACUCCUACUCUGGUCUCCCUACUGGAAGUCAUUGAGCCAGAAGUGAUGUUUUCAGGCUAUGACAGCACAAUACCAGACACAACAUGGCGUAUAAUGUCAACCCUCAAUAUGCUAGGAGGAAGGCAAGUGGUAGCUGCGGUGAAAUGGGCAAAGGCGAUACCAGGUUUCAGAAACUUGCACCUGGACGACCAAAUGACCCUUCUGCAGUAUUCGUGGAUGUUUUUGAUGGCUUUUGCUUUAGGAUGGAGAUCAUAUAAGCAGUCUAAUGGAAGCCUGCUGUGUUUUGCACCAGAUUUGAUCAUUAAUGAGCAGAGAAUGAAUUUACCCUGCAUGUAUGAACAAUGCAAACGUUUACUGAUGGUUACUAAUGAGUUAGCACGGCUUCAAGUUUCAUAUGAAGAAUAUCUCUGUAUGAAAACUUUGCUGCUUCUCUCUACAGUUCCCAAGGAGGGCCUGAAGAGCCAAGCCCUGUUUGAAGAAAUUCGUAUGACUUACAUCAAAGAGCUGGGGAAAGCCAUCGUGAAGAGAGAAGGGAACUCUAGUCAGAACUGGCAGCGGUUUUAUCAACUGACAAAACUUUUGGACUCCAUGCAUGAUGUGGUUGAGAAUCUUCUAAGCUUUUGCUUCCAAACGUUUUUGGAUAAAUCCAUGAGUGUUGAGUUUCCAGAAAUGUUGGCAGAAAUCAUCAGCAAUCAGUUACCAAAAUAUUCAAAUGGAAAUAUCAAAAAACUGUUAUUUCAUCAGAAAUGACUGCCUUAAUACAGAAAGAUUGCCUUAAGAAAAGAAAAAAAGUCAUUAUAGCUUCUUUUUUAUAAACUAAAAGACUUGUUAAUUUUGUCCUUGCAACUAUAUUUGGGUGUUCUUGUUUUGUUUUUGUAAUUAUGCACUACAUGUGGUUUACAGAGGGCCAAGACCUAGGUUUCAGAAGCAGCCCCUUCUAACUAAAUGAUUACAGGAAGAAGAAAACGAAGGAAAUAUGGGUUGAGGUUUUUUCAUCCAUGUGCUACACCACCAUAUUGGCAGUAUAGGAUGCACCAAAACCAGCGGUGUCAAGCUCAAAAUCUACAUUGUCAACAUUCUGCUAGGAAUUUCUGCAAGUUGGCUGGAUAAAAUUUUCUAGAUUUUUGUUUUGGUAUAGAUUUUUUGUAUAGUUAAGGUAGCAUUUUUGAUUUGUGCAUGUUAACAUGAAGAAAGUUUACAACUGUAUAUUGGAAAAGGGAAGUUGUGCCUUUUAUAGCUAUUAUUGUCUGGUUUUAGCAAUUUCCUUUAACUUUAUAUACAGUGAAAGCUUGCUCAUUUUUUCUUACAUAAUUUUGUAAAACUUCAAGAUGCCUAUUGUACAGCUGUUUUUUAAGGUGGGGCAGCUCAUAGCUUAAUGACCUCUAGAUAUUAAUCUUUGAAUAUACUCAUGUGAAUAUAGGUUGACUUUUCUAACUUGAUCAAGACUGUCAUAGUGACCCUUCUAUAUAAAUCAAUUUGGCCGAUAAAUUCAGCCUUCUUUAAGGGGGGUGGGGGUGGGAGUAGGGAUUGAAAUGUAUUCCAAAUCAAAUCUGAAAUGCAUACUUUUGAUAUUUGUCAAAUGUUCUUUGAGCUACUAGAAAACUAGCUCUGUCUUAAACAGAUGUGUAAACUUUUUUUAAGAAAACAACCUAGGUAUUUCCAUUUAAUGCGAUAGCCAUAAUUGUAAGAAUCUUGGGCUAGAUUGUCAGUAAAAAGAUCAGUCUUGACCGCCCAUCAGGAAACUUUCAGGAAAAUAUGCAUAAUUUUUAAAAGGUUUACUUCUAUGUGGAGAAAUUAACUUUUUUCCAUACUCAAUUUAUUGCCAUAUGCGUGUGUACUUAAGUAUGUAUUGGUGCAUAUUAUAUAUAUGUAUACAGUGGCCACAAUCCAGAGCAGCUAUAGUUAGCAGAACAAAACUGAUAUGCACAACCAGUGGCAUGUCUAAUGUUCUCCUUAGACACAACUUAAAAGCCACAAAACCUGUGCUUUUUUAAAAAAAAAUAGGAGAUCAAUAUAAGUGACCAUCAUUUUUCACAAAGUGCAAAGUUGUGCAUUUACCUCUGUGGGGUGCUUAGAAUUGCUGGAUUCUACCAAAUUAAGAGCAGACUUCUGCUGCCACUUUUUGAGACUUCUCCCCUCUAUGUAAGGAUGUGAUCACCACUGACAGAUUUGAUCGUCUGUUUGAAAGGAGGCAAGGGAUACCAGAACUGAUUUAGAGCUAUUAGUGGUAUUCAUCUGUUACACAAUGUGUGCACAGAUCAGGAGUACCCUGGGUACUGAACAGCAGGGGCUUACCUCUACGGCAGCUUUUUGCACUCCAGUAGAGCAGAUCCACAAGCAGAAUUUUCUUUCUGCUCAUUGAUCACUCACUGGAUUGGGGCAGACGUGUAUACAGUUGACACCAUUUUAAGUUGAUGGCUAAAUUUCCAUUGACUUUUAACAGUCAGGAACUAUAUAUAUAUGUACAUGUAUACAUACUUUCUAUAUAAAUAC